UUGUAACCGCCUGGUGUCCGGGGGCAGUGUGACGCGCUCCUGUGCAGGCUACAGGCUUUUUACCAGCUCAGGCCUCAGUUGCCGGAGUUUGUCUUCGAUGUUCCUGUUUCAGGUCAGGUGAUAUAGUGCCGUCAUUUUCUGCAUCUCUCCGUUCCUGUCCGAAGAUUAGGGGACAGCAGCAUACCCCACUACCCCAACCAAAGACACCCCAUCGACCCCCGCUGGUUGAACCCAGUGAGAACAGAGCGGCAAGAGAGCUGUCCGGUUUAGUUCCCCGCCGCCCCUACAGUUGUUUUUUGGUUGCUUUUUUUCUCAGAAUUUCUUCAGUUCAGAACGUGGGUUUAUCACUGACGGGGACUGAUUACUGUCAGUAGGCUAGACAACGAGAAAUAUCAAAUUGGGAAAAAAAGGAUCAGUUGCCAAAGUGUCCAGCGAUAUUUUGUUCUUCGCCUGCAUCAACAAAGGGAGCCAUGCGUAAUAUCAAAGAAAAUGACACAUCUGGCCAAACAAUUCGGGAGUACUGUGUUUUGUCAGAGAAAAUGGAACAUAACUGAGGCGACGUUUACUUCCAAAAGUCCUGAUAAAUUACAUUGGCGGCGCAGCCCCUCUGACUUGGAUUAUGAACGUUGCUUUUCACUACCUGGUAACUUGGAUGGAAUACAGGUACACAAUUCACACGGUAUUGUAAAUGAACAUGUCAGGUGCGUGAAUCUAAUAAACACCGCGUUUUUACGACGUAGGACGGAGCUGUUCACUUGAAGAAAAUGUUACCGACCGUUACAGCUGACCGGCGCUGACGGAAAUCAAACGACAAAGGAGCGUUUCUUUUGUUCGCUGGAAAACGGUUGUAAAAUGUUCGGUUUAAGUAAAGCGCGAGGCUUUUCUAGGAAUCGCAGCGACGCCUCGGGAGCCACCAGCGGAUUGGGAUUAAGGCGCGCAUCGAGAAACCUGGUAUCCUCUUCGGAAGGCUCAAACGCUACCUCAAGGCUAUACGUUGCCUUUAUAUUGCUUCUUUUGUUGUUCACACCCAGAGUGGAUUCUUCGUGGUGGUACAUUGGCGCAUUGGGGGCGGGGGUCAUCUGUGACAACAUCCCAGGCCUGGUGAACAAGCAGCGGCAGCUGUGCCAGAGGCACCCGGACAUCAUGCAGUCCAUCGGCCGGGGAGCCAAAGAGUGGAUCCACGAGUGCCAGCACCAGUUCCGCCACCACCGCUGGAACUGCAGCACGCUCGACCGCGACCACACCGUCUUUGGACGCGUCAUGCUGCGCAGCAGUCGCGAAGCCGCCUUCGUGUACGCCAUCUCCUCGGCCGGAGUGGUCUACGCCAUUACCCGGGCCUGCAGCCAGGGGGAGCUAAAGAUCUGCAGCUGCGACCCCCACAAGAGGGGCCGCGCCAGCGACAACCGGGGCAACUUCGACUGGGGCGGCUGCAGCGACAACGUCAACUACGGCAUCAAGUUCGCCAAGGCGUUCGUGGACGCGCGGGAACGGGCGGUCCGGGACGCGCGGGCGCUGAUGAACCUGCACAACAACCGCUGCGGGAGGACGGCGGUGAAGCGCUUUAUGAAGCUGGAGUGCAAGUGUCACGGCGUCAGCGGCUCCUGCGUGCUCCGGACGUGCUGGCAGGCCAUGGCCGACUUUCGCACGACGGGGGACUACCUCCGGGAGAAGUACAACGGGGCCGUAGAGGUCACCAUGAACCAGGACGGCACGGGGUUUGCGGUGGCUGACAGGGAGCUCCGCAGGCCCAUCAAGAACAGCCUGGUGUACGUGGAGGAUUCGCCAGACUACUGCCUCAGGAACAAGGCCGCAGGCUCCUUGGGCACCUCCGGUCGUGUCUGCAGCAAGUCUUCACUGGGCAGCGAUGGCUGUGAGGUCAUGUGUUGUGGGCGGGGUUACGACACCACCCGCGUCAGACGUGUCACCAAGUGCGAGUGCAAGUUCAAGUGGUGCUGCGCGGUGGAGUGCAAGGACUGCGAGGAGACGGUGGACGUGCACACCUGCAAGGCCCCCAGACACGUCAACUGGCUGAACCACACCUGAAGGCUGCCUCCAGCAUCCCCCAAAUCAGGAUUUCCCUCAGGCCAUUGCAUUCUGGGAGACAGAGUCCAGAACCUUUGUAGAACCCCCGUUCCAGCCCCUCACUUCAUUUCCCUGUCAUGUCGCUUUAUUUAACUGUCCUUGUGAAAGCACUAAGAACACCACAUUUCCCACAAGCCCCCUCCCUGUGCCCUGCAGAUCUGGUUUAUUGUAUUGUUUUGAAUGGGGCAAUUAUGGGACUGCAAGCAACAGUAUGUUCAUAAGCUAUGACCAUUUUGUGUUUUUUUUUUUGGGAGGGGGAAAUAUGUCAUUUGAGUUUUUGUUUAUUUUUACUUGGAGGUGGGAAAAGUACAAAACAGAAAAGCUGCUUUAAAAAAAAGCUUUAAAAUAUAUAUAUUUUUUCAAUUUCACCUUUUGCAGUUGUAGAGGGAUGAUUUUGUGUAUUUAAAUUUUUUUUUGGAGACUGCUGGUUUCUCUACCAGGGAGUGUACACUCGACCACUUUGCUCAGUGCAUUGUAUGUCAGACAGUAGAAUGUGACUGAGACCAAGGCUUCUGAAGUUUGGUUGAGCUUGUCUGUGGUAAUGAGUAAAAUGUUGAAGCAUCAUAAAUGUCCUUGAGAAGAUGGACAUGAAGUUCUGUAUAUGAGCUAAACGGGAUCAGUCUAUGGUCCAGUGAUGCUCAAACAAGCUGGUUCUUUGCCCUGAAGCCAAGUGUGAAGGACGAAAGGCUGUGUAGUGCCAAUUUCAGACCAAAAGUUUUGUGAUGCAAUGAAACCAUUUUAGGAUGCAGCAGAGAUAAGUUGCAGCAGUGGGAACUACCCGCCUCGUCUGAUGAUGGCGCCUGAUGCUGCAGGCAGUUCAACUUGUCUAAUCGCAGACAGCAAGCUUUAGAACACUGAAAAGUCCCCAGUUGCGGCUCAUUGAAUCACAAAUCUUUGGUCUGAACUGGUCUUAAAGGAGAAUCGGAGCAAGGAAUCGUGGUCUUUUUCUGAAGAUGAAACUGCACUAUGGCCAUUAGCUGAAGAGUGAGUGAAUUAGACACAUUUACACAUACUUUUUUUUUGUAUUCCUAACUGAUAAAAAAAUCUCUGUUCAGUUAGUGCCUUACGUGAAGAACUGUUCAGUCAGCAGGGAGAAUGCUGACCUCUGUUUCUGUUCUCUGGCUUGCUUGUGUAUCUUGUGUAAAAGGAUUCUUUAUUUUAUAAACAGAUGUAUAUAUAAAUAUAUGGCUUUAAUAUAUCA